GCGGGAUACCUGGAGCAGCUUCCCAAGAAGCUCCAGGAGUUCUCGCGCUACCUGGGCUCCCGCACCUGGUUCGCGGGGGACAAGCUGACCUUCGUGGACUUCCUGGCGUACGAUGUGCUGGACCAGCACCGCAUGUUCGUGCCCAACAGCCCCGAAUUCCAGGGAAACCUGGGCAGCUUCCUGCAGCGCUUCGAGGCCCUGCCCAAGAUCUCCUCCUACAUGAAGACCCCACGCUUCAUGAAAACGCCCAUUUUCUACCGCACAGCCAAGUGGUGCAACACCAAGGAGUGA